AUGGCGAGCUCUUUUCCCACCAACCAAGCCAUCGUCGUGGGCGGAGGACUGGGAGGCAUGUCCGCAGCCAACACGGUGGUGGAGAGCGGCGGCCGCGUUGUGCUGCUGGACAAGUCGUCCUUCUGCGGCGGAAACAGCACGAAAGCAACCUCUGGCAUCAACGGCGCAGGCACCAAGACGCAGAAAGCCAAGGGAAUCCCUGACAACGCGGAGAUCUUCACGCAGGACACUCUCAAGGGAGGCGCGAAGAAGCCGGAGCUCGCGAAGCUCCUGUGCGUGAACAGCGCGGAGGACGUGGAUUGGCUGGUGGAGAAGUUCAACCUGGACUUGUCCCUCGUGGCCCGCCUGGGCGGCCACUCGCAACCCCGCACCCACCGAGGCAAGGAGCGCUUCCCCGGCAUGACCAUCACCUACGCCCUGAUCCAGAUGCUGGAGAAGGUCGCUGAGAAGACGGACCUGGCGCGCAUCAUCACGAAGGCCAAGGUCUUCAAGCUCGUGACAGAGGGCAAGGCCUGCGUGGGCUGCGUCUACGAGAAGGGCGGCCAGAACUUCCAGGAGUUCGGCCCCGUGAUCCUCGCAUCAGGCGGUUUCGGCGCCGACUUCACGCAGAACUCUUUGCUGGCCAAGUAUCGCCCGGACCUGCUGCACCUGCCCACCACCAACGGCGAGCACUGCACGGGCGACGGCAUCAAGAUGGGCGAGGAGAUCGGCGCGAAGACCAUCGACCUGGAGUGGGUGCAGGUCCAUCCGACCGGCCUCGUGAAGCCGGACGACGCCGACGCCAAGAUCAAGUUCCUCGCCGCCGAGGCCCUGCGCGGCGUGGGCGGCAUCAUCCUGAACGCGGAGGGCAAGCGAUUCUGCAACGAGCUGGGUCGCCGUGACUACGUCACGGGUGAGAUGUGGAAGAGCAAGCCGCCUUUCAGGCUGUGCCUCAACAAGGCGGCCUCUGACGAGAUCAUCUGGCACUGCAAGCACUACACCGGACGUGGUGUCAUGAAGUACUACGGCAGCGGCGCGGACCUCGCCAAGGACAUGGGCAUCUCCCUGUCGGUGAUUGAGCAGGCGCACGAGGAGCACUUCCAGGCGGCCAAGAAGACGGAGACGCACCCGGACGACGGCCCCUACCCGGCCUACCCCUCGGGCAAGUGCUGGGACGAGGCCAGCGGCAAGACGGGCAGCGGCAAAAAGUUCUUCCACAACAUCAUCCCUGGCGAUGCCGUGAAGAACGAGCCGUUCUACGUAGCCAUCAUCACGCCGGUGAUUCACUACUGCAUGGGCGGCCUGCUCAUCGACACGGACUCCGCGUGCAUCGGCUCGGACAACAAGGCGGUCCCGGGCCUGUAUGCUGCUGGCGAGGUCGCCGGCGGCGUGCACGGCAACAACCGCCUGGGUGGCAACUCCCUGCUGGACUGCGUGGUGUUCGGCCGCGUGGCCGGCAAGGCAGCUGCCAAGUACAUGCUGGGUGCGGACAUGAAGGAUGUGGACCUGAAAGACGUCACUGGCGGAGGCUUGACUGGCGCCGUGGAGAGCUCCAAGCUGGCCGGCGGCUCCUACGAGGACAAGAUGAACACUGCCGCGGCGCCCGCCGCAGGUGCCGCGCCGAUGGCAAACGGUGGCGGCGGUGGCGGGGGCAUGACCCUUGCCGAUGUUGCCAAGCACAACACCAAGUCGGACUGCUGGGUCGUGGUCGAUGGCCAGGUGUUGGACGUCACCAGCUUCUUGUCGGAGCACCCUGGUGGCGAGCUGGCCAUCCUCACCUUCGCCGGCAAGGACGCCACGGAGGAGUUCAACAUGAUCCACCCUCCUGACGUCAUCGGCAAGUACGCCCCCGACUCCGUGAUCGGCGCCGUGGGCUCCGGCGUGGCUGCCGCGGCCAGCGCUGCCCCCAAGGCCGGCGGCGGCGGGCCCAUCAGGAAGGACACGGGCAGCAAGCUCGGCAACCACCAGGCCUGGGGCCACCUGGACGGGGCGAACAACUGGCGCGUGGACCUGGACGAGAACCCAGGCGUCUUGCUGAUCAACGUGAAGUCCUACUUCAACGCGACCUGGUUCUUCCUUCUCGCGGUGCUGUACGAAGUGUGCGCCACCAUCUUCUCCGCCAAGAACAUCAAGAUCUCCAACGACCGCCUGGGUCUGACCCGCAGUGCCAUCUUGCUGAUCCUCUUCAUCGUCAUCCACGCAGUAGGAAACCUCCACGUCUUCAAAGGCCCGGAUGACUUCAACGGCUACGGCUACUUCUACGUGCGCCUCUACUGGACGGGCUUCGGCCUGCCGGCCAACAUCGUGGAGGAGUAUAUCCUCCUCUCCGUGCUGCUCCACGUCUUUGUGGGCCUGAAGCGAACCUGGGACAUGAAGCUGGCGCUGGUGCAGACUCAGGGCAUCAAUGUCCUGAACCUGGCCAUCUCCGGCCUGAUGCUCCUGACCUUCAUGACCAUCCACCUCUUCCAGUUCCGCUUCGGCGACACCGACCAGUUCGGCCCCUACUACAUCCGGCCGCCUCCUUACCUCAUCAACUUCUGGGGCAUCUCCUCCCUGAACCUCUUCUGGACCAGCGAAGACAGCAUCGAGCCCGUCGGCGUGCGCGACAUCUAUGCCUUGGAAUUCCAAAUUUUCAAGAACCCACUGUGGUCCUUGUUCUACAUCCUCUCGGUGUUCAUCUUCAUGUACCAUGCCUGCGUUGGCUGGAAGAAGGUGACGCCUGUGCUGGGCAUUCCCAGGGGACACAUCUGGCGAGUGGAGAUCAUCGGCUACGCCAUCAUGAUCGUGAUGGGCCUGGUCUACAUCUCCUUCCCCCUUUACGUCAUGGCCACGAAGCCGUUUUCCGGCUACGAGAACAGCAUCCAGAUUCCGGGCAGAGUGGAGUGA